AUGGUAUCGAGCACCGAGGAGGCAGCUCCGAGCUCACCCUUUGUGGCAAAUGCAUCUCCACUGCCGGUGACCACGGAGGCCAAGAUGGGUGCCCGACUGCUGGCAGCGGCCUGCUCUGGUUCUUUUCAGGAACUGGAAUCACUCCUGAACCCGCAAGCAGCCGCCUCCAGCAACGGGGCCAUCGGAAGCCCGGCGGUGCAUCCGCCUUCUGCUUCCGGUGACGUAGAAGCACUUCUCAGAGAGUCACUGCCAUACGCGGUCACUACUGGAGGUGACACUCUUCUUCAUGUGGUCGCCAACAGCCAUGGUCGUGGUGAGGAUUUCUUAAACAAAGCUCGCCUCAUCUAUAGCAAGGCACAAAGCCUCCUUUUCGUGCAAAACAACAGGGGAGAUACACCCCUGCAUUGUGCUGCAAGGGCGUCGAACAUUGAGAUGGUGUCUCUUUUCAUUCAUCUUGCUAGAAGCAAGAUUGUCAAUGCCAGUAGGGUGAAAGCACUGCUAAGAACAGAAAACAAGAGUAAUGAGACAGCCUUACACGAGGCUGUUAAGUCUGUAUAUUUUGGGCAAGAUGAUAUAGUUAAGUUGCUCAUGAACGAGGACUCACAAUUGGCCAGUUUUCCAAAAGAUGGCAUGUCACCGUUAUAUCUAGCCAUCUUACUACAAAAGAAAGUCAUGGCGAAAACACUCUACGACUUGAGUGGCGGGGUUAUUUCAUACUAUGGACCAGAUGGACAAAAUGCAUUGCAUGCUGCUGUUCUCCAAGACCAAGUUGACGAAAUGAAACUAUGGACAGCCUAUUCUGCCUGCAACAACCAAUCAUUAACAUGGAUUUUGAAUAUGCAAGACAAUGAUGGAAACACUGCACUGCACCUGGCCGUAAGAAAUGGAGGUCUGCUAAUGUUUUGUUGUUUGUUCUGGAAUAUAAAAGUACACUUGAAUUUACGAAAUGAGAAAGGGCAGACUCCUCUCGAUAUAGCACGUGACAAUAUUCCAAAAGGAUUGUAUUACAUACAGAACAGUGAAGUAAAAAUACUCCACGCACUCAAAAUUGUCCGUGCUAAAGGGGGUAUUUUUUCUGUGGAUUACUUGGUAGAAAAUAAUAUUGAGCAAGCAAGUAAGAGAAAAAAGCAUAGACUGGAUCAAGUGAAGGAGGGGACACAAGCUCUAUGUAUUGGCUCCGUCCUAAUUGCAACUGUGACUUUUGGUGCAACUUUUGCCAUGCCUGGAGGGUACAGAGAUGGUGAUCACACCAAUGCAGGCACACCAACGCUUGCUGGAACCAACGGCAAAGCUUUUGGUCUGCCAGUGUGCCGCCAUCUUCCUCACAUCUUUCUGCUGGAGGCUCUGCGGCUGCACGUCCUCUGCCUGCUCCAGCUCAAAUCUGGCAUCUGCACAGGCGCGCUUUCCACCCGGUGGUGCUUCCUCUCUGGACGUGUAUUUUACAGCGGUUUGAGGUUGGGAAAUGACAAUCCAAUCGCGGCCUAA